UAUUUAAAUAAUUUUAAAUAUGAGUGACCAAAAUUUGCCAAUAAAUAUAGAAGAUCUGUUCCUUCACGAACUAGAUAUAGACCCAGAUGAUGACAAGUCUCUCUUAGAGAUUGCAAAGAAAGCUUACUUUGAUUUCAUGAAUGAGUGGCAAAUAUAACUUAUGACAAACAUCACAACUUUGCCGGGUUUUAUAACUAUAACUCUGGAAAAACCACCACAAAUAUUAACUCUGUAGUUGUGAAAUUUUGAAGCAAAAAGUAUAAAUAAAAUGGUUCAAGAAAAACGUAAGGAGCUAGUACAGAGCAUGAUAAAUGAACAGAAAAGAGGUAAAAGAGGAAGCUCAAAUUCUCCUAAGAAUAGCUCUAAACAAAAAUCUCAGAAACCCUCAAAAGAGAAGGAUAGAGACAUCUACGAGGCUGAGACUAGACUGAAUUUUAAAUAAACUUGAAAAAGAGUUAAAGAAUGAUUUCAAAAGACAGCUUGAUAAAGCCAAAAACAAUCUAAAUCUCCACACCUCUUCUGACAAACCAAAUCUAAACGCCUCAAUGUUCCUCUCAAUCAUCUCCCAAAUGCUAAAGAGCAACUACAAGCUUGAAUGUGAUGCUUUGGAGGCCCAUUUCGAUCGAAAACUCUCUCAUGAAAAAGACCUCUUAAAGUCAAAAUUCCAAGUGUACACCCAGCAAAGGAUCAGUCAAGAAGAAGAGCUCUUGGAGGACCAAAUCAGAAAUGAACGAGAAAGGAUCACCAGGACUAUUGAGCAAGAAGAGAAAAUAGAGAUUGAUAAGCAGCCGAUUAUAAAGAAAAUCCGUGAAGAUCUCACCCAAAAACUUCAGUCCCAAAAAUAAGAUUCUGAACCAAAAAUCAGAACUCAACAAGAAAUUCUUCAACGAUGAAAGAGACUCGAUAGAGAAAAGAUACGCUGAUAAGACCAGAAAGAGAAUAGCCGAAGCUAGUGAAGAAGUUGAGUACUUGGUGAAGAAUUUUAGAGAGGAAUCUAAGCAAGCGUUAAGAGCACGGAUGGAGAUCCUUAAGCUGACUAAUGAUGGGAAGAAGGAAUCUGAGGGGAAUAGACUGAGGAUGAAGCAGAUUGAGAUUGCGAAAAGUAAUAGGCUGAAACUUGAGGAAGCAGCUAAGAAGAAGGAGAGAUUUGUGGAACAAGAGGCUCAAGGGCUUAUUUCUGAGUAUGAGUAUGAACUUAAGCCUAGCCAGGAAAGAUUCUCUGAGCUGAAGAAAGAUAUUGAGCAGCAGAAAGAACUUCGAGAAGUCCUGUACCAGAACCAGUGAAAAAGUACGAAAUUAAAGAUUCUGAGAGAAGCUGUAGAGGCAAUGGAUGAUGAAAAUGCUGCAUUACAGAAAGAGUUGAGAGAUAUACAACUAAGAGCCAGCAAUUCUGAACAGCCCUACAUUCCAAAGGAGCUUGAAUCUAUCAACCCGAAAGACUUAGAACAAGAGCUUAUUGACAAAAUGGAGAAGCUGAGUGUUCUUGAAUACAAAAUUGAAAAGCUAGAUAUGAAGAAUGGCAAUAAAAAAUUUAAACGGAAAGCUGGGCUAGAGAUCAAAUACGGUAUUCUUGACAUCAAAAAGAUUAUCAGCCAGCCUAAGAAAGACCUCAAGCCACUCGGUUCAGAUAUUGAUGUAGGUAUUGAGGAUCUUGAAGAUCUCCAGCAGUUUUUCACAAGAGAAAAGGAAACUGUUGAAGGCAAGGAAAAAGAGAUCUUCAAGGAUAAAGAAGUCACAGAUCAAUUAGAUAAGGAACUUGUCCAACGAAUAGAGGAAAUCAGUAAAGCAACUCAGGAACCAUCUAUUGGGGAGGGAGGAAGCCAUAGAGUAUAUGACAAAAUUUUGGGUAUUAAAGAACAACUUGAACUUCAAAAGGCGAAGCUCGGAGUUGAGAAAAAUAAGAUCAAGCUAUCUGAGACAAAGUUUAGAAAUCAAAGAAAAGCUUGUGAUAAAAUAUUUGGCCUUAUUUCAGAAGCAAAAGAACUUGAUCAAAGAUUAUCACUUCCAAAGCAGAAAGAGGUUGAUGGAAGCAGCCACAAAGAGGUCAGGAAGAAGGUAGUUAUGAGAGCACUCAAGGACGAGCUUGCAUACUAUAUCAGGAAUCACAAGGAUCUAGAAUACAGCCUGCCAGAUUAUCUCCAAAAUGAGCCAAAGAUUGAUUCAUUUAUUCCUCAGAGAGCGCUGAUAAUAUAA